AAAAUGACAACUGUUUAUCAGUGAGACGUCAUUAUUGUCGCCAUCCAAAGUUCUGAAAGGCCUCGUCUUUGUGACGUAGUCAAUGUGCGCAGCCUUUGGGAACGUUGAACCAAGGUUCGUUUUAUACAUACGGAACGUAGUUCGGUAGACGGGCGGUAAUGAAUGGCGGCGCAGCCAAUUGACGGUAGUUCUGGAUUAUCGGUGCGGGAAUUAAACAAACUGCGAGAACUCUGGUAAGGGAGUGAAAAUCCAGAGAUAAUUACCGUUUGAAGAGGGCUUCUGCUGGAGCUUGAAAGCAACCGGCAAGAUGAAGGAACGCAUUGAAAGCAGGAAGUACUGGAAAGCCCAUCCUUGGAAAUCUGACAAUAACUGUUACCCUCUUCAGAAAACGGACAUGCAGACUCGCAGGGACAAGGUGAGACUAGUCAAGGGGUGGAAUCCUUGUGAAAGUGUGACUUCCAGAACAUAUGCUGCUGCAGAGGAGCUGCUGAAGCAAAGCAAAUGUUUGAGGAUGGAUGAAUGUAACAGUUUGAAGGAGCAAAACAGUUUGAAGGAAGGACAUCCUACCUACAAUGAAUCUUUCUGCAGGGAAGACAGUGAUGCAUGGGAUGAUCCCAUUGUGCCAGAAAAGGUGAGCCUUGAUGGAACUCAUCCAAAGCAGACUAAUAGCUGUUGGUCCUUAACAAAUGAUGUCACAGACAAGUCUGCAUUUGUGAGUAAUUCUGCUGGACUGAGAGAUGCUGCCUUAUCCAGGCCCUAUAGAAUUUCAAAAAUGAAGCAGAUGAGGAGAAAUAGGAGAAGUAGACUGCUGCAAGGGCUUCUGUCAUCAAAGUUCUCUCUUGUAACAUUCCGGUGGAAGUUGAGGGGUAGGUUGGGAGCUAGGAACCGGAGACGUCACCUGCAGCGAAUGAGUUAUAAACGAGCUUAUCCUUCCGUUUCUUUGUCUCCAAGUUCUGAGCCAGAGCAUGUGCUGGCUGUUGAAGAGCCUUUGCCAAAGAAGGCAUGCAUUAGCAGCCUCCAGGCCUGCAGAAGCCUGCAGCCUCCAAGUACAACUGACCAUGAGCUUGGCAGUGGUUUGGUCACUGAAAAGCCUCCUUAUCUUCUGAAUUCUGUGGGAAGUGCUACACAGCAAACUGUGUCCAACUGUGGUUCUUUCUCAUAUCCAUUGGGUAGUGACAAAAGCAGUCUUGGAGAAAUGCAAGGGCUGCAUUGCAUUGAUAUGGGCUCUAAGGUUUCAGUGGAUAGGUUGGAGAGUUCUGGGUACCAGUCUAAUGUUGCCUUUGCCUUGCUUGCUCAGCCUUUGAAUAAUGUGGACCAUAUGGGUGGGGCCAACAAGCAGCCCUGUUCAGGUUUGUUGGGGCCACUUAUGUCUGAGGAUGAGUCGCAAUCUUUUGUUCAAUACACUGAAUUGCAGCGAGUGAACUUUGAAAAGGAUUGCACUGAAGAUGAUGAUAUUAACAACUCUGCAGACGAUCUUCAUACAGAUUUUUUGGCUGAUACCUUAACCCUAAAGUCUAACACGAAUGAACGGACUAUGGAGUGUGAGAUUCCUGGCUCAUCUUGCACUUUGCCAAAUGGAUUUUCAGGUUCAAUAAAUGGUGCCCUGCCUUUACCAUUAAGUAACAAACUUGGUUUACUCUCUGAAUCUGCCAACGGCAGUAUCUUGAUAAGCAAUGUCUGUAGCAUGGGCCCUCCUACUGACAGUAAACACUUUGAAAAUGAGAAACAUCAUGAAGGUGGUGCUGAAAUGGAAGAGUUGGAAAGCCUUCAAGCUGAAGCAGUUGAUCUGCAGAACAAAGAAAAAAUGAAUGAGAAGUCUGUCAACCUCCUCGGGACUUUAACAGAGGAACAUGUUACUUGUGUACAAGGAAAACAUUUGUUAGUAACUUAAUCCAGUCCUAUCAGAGAAUGCCAGGCAAUGCUGUGGUGCGUGGAUUUAGAGUCAGUUACAAGAGACACGUUCUCACCAUGGAUGAUUUGGGGACGCUGUAUGGGCAAAACUGGCUCAAUGACCAGGUAAUGAAUAUGUAUGGAGACCUUGUUAUGGAUACAGUUCCUGAUAAGGUUCAUUUUUUCAACAGUUUCUUCUAUGACAAAUUGAGAACUAAAGGAUAUGAUGGAGUGAAGCGAUGGACAAAAAAUGUAGACAUUUUCAACAAAGAAUUGCUGCUUAUUCCUAUCCAUUUAGAGGUUCAUUGGUCUCUGGUCAGUGUCAACGUGAAGGAAAAAAAAAUCGCCUACUUCGAUUCACAACGCACCCUCAAUAGAAGGUGUCCAAAGGUAACAACUUGGUCUCUGUUGCCUGUGUGUGAUUGUAUACGUCUCUUUUUCCUGUUUUAUUCUCUGUUCAUUAAUUGCAUUGCCAGUCUUUUAGCAUUCAGCAAGUAGGAAA